AUGGGCCACUCCAACGUCUGGAACUCCCACCCUAAGAACUACGGCCCUGGCUCCCGCGUCUGCCGGGUCUGCGCGAACCCUCAUGGUCUGAUCAGGAAGUAUGGCCUCAUGUGCUGCAGGCAGUGCUUCCGCAGCAACGCCAAGGACAUUGGCUUCAUCAAGGGCCAUUUACUUGCUUCUUGCUUCAUGAAUGAUCCUGCUAAAGAUUAA